AUGGAGUCCUCACCAGUGAAAAGACUGUUGAACCCAAUUGACCAAUCAAUCUUCAUCUUAUUACUCUCUGGCGUUGUUGCAUACUUUUUCUUACGAAGAGCUUGCAGAUCUCGGAGUUUGAAAAUCCUUGAGGCUUCGCUUGGAUGUGAAAGACCACCCACCGACAGUGACCGAUUUCCGUAUGAUUUCUUUGGUAUCAGGAAGACUUUGGAAUUGGCAAGUCAUUUUCGAAAUCGGACCUCUCUUGCCUAUACCGAUUCUCUCUUCGAAAGAUAUGGGGAAACGUUUACAUCCAAUGUCAUCGGCUAUCGACUCAUCUUCACCUGCAACGAGGAUAACACCAAACACUUGCUCUCAACCGCGUUUACCGAUUUCGAAAGUUCACCUCUGCGAAAGCCUAUAAUUGAACCGAUCACUCCACAUGGUAUCUUCACACUUGAUGGAGCCGAUUGGAAAAGGAGUCGUGACCAGUUACGGACCCGUCUGAGUGACCUCCGCAAGGCGAUCGAUUUAACAAUAUGUGAACAACAUUUCCAGUCUUUUCUAAAGAAAGUUCCUUGCGAUGGACAGAUCUUCGAUGUUCAAUCACAGGCACAUGCCCUCGCUUUGGAUCUUCAAACAGUGUUCUCUCUAGGAGAGUCUGUCGAUGCCCUCAGCUCCAGCCAGUCGAGUGAGAAGAAUUCAUUUCUGGUGGAUCUGUCGAUAGUGAAAGAAAGAAUUGUGCGAGAUGGAUUCCGCGGUCCCCUUCGUCAUCUAUCCUGGAAGCGACCAUUUCUAGAAUCUUGUCGCAGAACAAGGGAGUAUGUGAUUCGACAAGCAACGCAGCAAGUACAAAAACGAAAUGAGAUGGUCGGCACCUCUGAGAAGGUGGAUACUUGCAUUUCUGAGCAUGAACAAAUAUCGCUAUUCACCGACCAAGCACUGAGCCUACUUCUCGCGAACGACAGUAUGAGCACGACUCUGGCAAGCAUAUUGUUCUGUCUCUCCAAAGAUGAACGCGUAGUCAAGAAACUGCGCGCAAGUAUAAUUGACGCCAUUGGGCUCACGCCUCCGACAUGGGGGCAGCUCGGAUCUCUGAAAUAUGUACGAUGGGUCAUGAAUGAAGGUAAUAAGGCUGAAGGAUCCUGA